AUGCCUUUGCUUCGGAGCCGUUUGCUCCGAGCCCUUGCGGCCGAGCUCAGGCCGCCACCUCUCUGGUGGAGGCAGGGCCGGCGGAGGACGGUACACCGCAGCUACGCGGAGGUGGAGCUGUUGUCCCGCCUGGCGGAGAUUUUAUUGCCACGGGAACCUAUUGGCGAGCUCUUCCGGGAUUUCCCGACAAAGAAAUCGGAGGUGUGGAGCAAGCGCUGGCUUUGCCCGGACAUCUCUGCAUUUGGCGUGCUGAGGGAGCAAGAGGCAGCUUUAUUCGUCGAAUACGACGGGUGCUUUCGUCAUUCUGAGCCGCAGGGGCAACAGAGGGACGAGCGCAAGACGGCAGCGCUGCUUCACCAUGCACCCCCUGGCUCACGUGUCCUGCGGAUCGGUCACGUGCAUCAGGACUUGAGCAUGGCGGAAAAUGCUACACACGCCAUCGUCGAUGUGUGGCGAGCAGGGCACGAGCCGUCGUUGAUGAAAGUUGUACAGCAAACCGUGCGGGCCCUUCUCCACAGGUUUGGGCUUCUUCUCCAACAGGAUGUGCGCGAGCGUCUCAGCAGCUGUGCUGUCGCGGAACCAAGGAUCUUGGGCUGA